CAGUAAAGAAACACACUCUCCCACUCUCUCCUCUCCUCUGUCCCUCUUCUUCCUCUUCUCCCAAGAACUCUCUCCUCUCUCUCUCUACUCUUCUCUUCUCUCUCCUUUUGUUGCUUCCAUUUCUCGUUCUUGCACGGGGAAGAGGAGAGAAAGAUGUGUGUCGCUGUGGUUUGAAAAAGGUUGGGUGUGAGAGGAGAGAGAAAGUGGAGUGGAGGGGAGAGAGAGAGAGAGAGAUGGGUUCUUGCGCUUCGGUUCACAAGGACCUCGGGUUCCCCAAGAAGCUGUUUCUUGCGUCGUCGCCUACCAAGGAGAAGAAGGCCGCGAACGGGAAGGGUGGCGGUGGCGGUGUGUCUGUUGAUCUCAAGCGAAAGGAGCAGCAGCAGGCGGCGGCGGCAGGGGUUGGCGUCAGGAGCCCCGGUUCUGGUAGCAAGGAUGAAAUGUUCUUUGACUCGCGGGCAUGGUUAGAUUCUGAUUGCGAGGACGACUUCUACAGUGUGAAUGGAGAUUUUACUCCGUCUCGUGGCAGCACUCCAAACUACCAACCCAGAACACAAACAGUUAUGAGCAAUGUCUUUGUACCUGAUAAUGUACAGAAUUCCAAAUCACCUGAACCUUCUCCAACUGGAAGGAGAAAACUAGCCGAGCUCUUGCAGGAGGCGAUGCAGAAUGGUUCCGAAGAUAGCACCGAUGCAUCUGUUCCAGACAUCAGCAAGAAUGAGAAGCAGCAAUUCCAGCCUGUUUCUGCAGCUGUGAAGCCAGUAUCUGAGUCCAGCUCCACGUGUAGCACAGAACCGACGCCGAUCAGAGAAGCGAAGAAUCGCAAGGAGAAGGCGUGGUACACCGGUCGCUGUUGCUUGCCGGCUUUUGUUCAUACCCUAGACUUAGAUGAGAGGAGGCAGAAGAUGACCCCUGGGCCUUGUGCUGUUUGACAUGGCUGCUUCCCUUCUAUGAGCUGUAUCUACAAUAUACUACCUGAUCCGGCCCUGAGUUCACUGUAAAGAAGACUAGUAUUGAGAGCACUAUAUCCUUGUAAUAAUCAAGUGAAUAGUCACUCUUGAGAAUUCAUGUGCUGUAUCCAUGUUAAAUCAACUGUAAGGUGAGGAUAUCUAGCUCAAGAAAUGAUCAUUUUGUGCAUAUCUGGAUGAAUCUUUAUGGAUAUAAAAUUUUCUCAGUUGUCAAUUUUGUAAUCAA